AAUAACCAACCAUGACGACAGAGUCGGGAUCAGAUUCUGAGUCCAAGGACAAAGAGCAGGACCAGCAAGAAGCCCCUGCACAGCCAGGGGCAGCAGCAGAGGGCCCGCCGCAGCAGCAGCAGGAGCAGCAACAGCUAAGUGAAGAGCACCAAAACGCACUUGAGCAGUUCUCAGCUGUGGCAGCACACAGCACGCCAGUGAGGAAAGAGCAGCCCACAGACAAAGAACAGGAGUUUGCAGCUGCAAGUGCAAAACAGCUUGAAUAUCAGCAGUUAGAGGACGACAAGCUCUCUCAAAAAUCAUCAUCAAGCAAACUUUCCAAGUCUCCUCUAAAGAUUGUCAAGAAACCUAAAAAUAUGCAGUGCAAAGUGACACUUCUGGAUGGAUCUGAAUAUGCAUGUGAAGUAGAGAAACGUUCCAGAGGUCAAGUGCUAUUCGACAAAGUGUGUGAGCAUCUGAACCUUUUGGAAAAAGACUACUUUGGGCUAACGUACAGAGACGCAGAAAACCAAAAGAAUUGGUUGGACCCUGCCAAGGAAAUCAAAAAGCAGAUUCGAAGUGGUGCUUGGCAGUUUGCAUUUAAUGUGAAAUUCUACCCUCCAGAUCCUGCCCAGCUAUCUGAAGAUAUUACCAGGUACUACCUCUGCUUGCAGCUGAGAGAUGACAUCGUGUCUGGCCGGCUGCCCUGCUCCUUUGUCACCCUCGCCCUGCUGGGCUCCUACACUGUGCAGUCUGAGCUUGGUGACUAUGACCCUGAUGAGUACGGCAGUGACUACGUCAGCGAGUUUCGCUUUGCACCGAAUCACACUAAAGAGCUGGAAGAUAAGGUGAUUGAGCUGCACAAGAGCCACAGGGGAAUGACACCUGCUGAGGCUGAGAUGCAUUUUCUGGAGAAUGCCAAAAAGUUAUCAAUGUAUGGAGUAGAUCUCCAUCAUGCCAAGGAUUCUGAAGGAGUGGAAAUCAUGUUAGGAGUUUGCGCAAGUGGCCUCUUAAUAUACCGAGACCGACUCAGAAUAAACAGAUUUGCCUGGCCAAAGGUUCUGAAAAUUUCAUACAAAAGGAACAACUUCUACAUCAAAAUCCGACCAGGGGAGUUUGAGCAGUUUGAAAGCACUAUUGGGUUUAAGUUGCCAAAUCAUCGUGCUGCAAAGCGCUUAUGGAAAGUGUGUGUUGAGCACCAUACAUUUUUCAGGCUCCUUCUACCUGAAGCACCUCCAAAGAAGUUCCUCACACUGGGCUCCAAGUUUCGUUACAGUGGUAGGACACAGGCUCAGACGAGAAGAGCCAGUGCGCUCAUAGACCGGCCCGCACCUUACUUUGAGCGGUCUUCUAGUAAACGUUACACCAUGUCCCGCAGCUUGGAUGGGGCAUCAGUGAAUGAAAACCAUGAAAUGUACAUGAAGGAUUCUGUGUCUGCUGCAGAGGUUGGUACUGGCCAGUACGCCACAACAAAGGGCAUCUCUCAGACCAAUUUGAUAACCACUGUGACUCCGGAGAAAAAGGCAGAAGAAGAGAAAGAUGAUGAAGAGGGCAAAAAGAAAAGAGCAGAGGAAGUCACCCCCAUCUCGGCAGUACGCCAUGACACAAAGCCACCUUUUCUUGGCACUGACUCACUCCACUCCUCGCCAUCCCCACAGCCUGGUCCCCAUGCAUCUUCAGCCAAGCUUCGCAGGAGAUGCAAGGAGAGCGCUCGAAAAAAGCCCUUAGGCUGUGAGUCACCCAACGAGGGUGCUUCAAAGCACGGGGAGGCAGAGCCGGACUCCGACAGAAAAGGGAGAGUUUGCUCCGCAGAGCAAGACGUGGCUUUCGGCUAUAAGCAAAAAGCCGGCAAAGGCGGGACACUCUUUUCCUUCUCCUUGCAACUUCCUGACUCAUUCCCUUCCCUCCUGGAUGAUGAUGGCUACCUGUCGCUCCCUAACCUCUCAGAAACCAACCUCCUGCCUGCCAGCGUGCAGCAUUACCUUCCCAUCCGCUCUCCCUCCCUCGUGCCUUGCUUCCUCUUCAUUUUUUUCUUUCUGCUCUCUGCCUCUUUCUCAGUGCCAUAUGCCCUCACUCUCUCCUUUCCUCUGGCUAUGUGCCUCUGCUACCUGGAGCCCAAGGCGGCCUCCUUGAGUGCCUCACUUGCCAAUGACCUGAGUGACAGUUCAGAGGAAGAGACUGACAGUGAGCAGACGGAUACUGCAGCUGAUGGUGAGACCACUGCCACCGAGUCGGAUCAAGAGGAGGACGGAGAUCUAAAGGCACAGAAUAGUCUGAUUAAGCGAAUACAGGGUGAAAAUGUGUAUGUCAAACAUAGUAAUCUUAUGUUAGAGGACCUAGACAAAACCCAGGAAGAUCUGAUGAAACAUCAGACCAAUAUAAGCGAGCUGAAACGAACCUUCUUGGAAACCUCCACAGAAACGGCUGUGUCUAAUGAGUGGGAGAAGAGGCUUUCCACAUCUCCCGUUCGGCUUGCAGCAAGGCAGGAGGAGGCUCCUAUGAUUGAACCACUAGUGCCUGAAGAGACCAAAGAAGAAAGAGAAAAAUCAGAAAAACUCAUAGUAUUGCAGAAAGGAGGUACUACAUUCCUUGAAAUGCAGCCGAGUGUGAUAGAGAAGAAGCUACAGGAAGGAGAAUCUGCUGACACUUUGGUUACUUCUCAUCAAAUCAUUAUCCAGAAAAGUAUCCCAUCAUCCCUAGAGGGCACUGAGGAUUGGGUUAUUAUAGACAAAGUACCUUCUGAGGUAGCUGAUGGUGAAUCGAAAAAAAGUGUGACGUACAAAGUGGUGACUGUGAGCAGUAAAGCUGGCAUUCCACCUGAGGUACUAAAAUCCAGUACUGUUCUGGGCUUUGAGGACUUGGAAAGUGAAAUACAAUCCAAAGAUGAGAAUAAGCAGAAAAUGUUCACCUUAGGAAAGUCCUAUGAUGCUGUGUCUGGGAAAAUUGUUACCAUGACAAGUAAAACUAAAGAGGGAGAGAAAACAGUACAGCCUUCUGUAGAAGUUUUGCAAAAAAAGGAGAAGGAAGGACAAGAAUCUGCGAAAAUCAUUCCAGUAGUGGCCAAGUAUGGGAUUGUAGAGCCUGUCGCUGAGGAGAAGGCCGAUGUGCAGAGCACAAAAAGAAAGCUGUCUGACUCACUGACACCUAUAAAGGAAGCCGAAUCUCAGUUGCAAAGUCCUGAAGAGGAGAGCUUGAAAAAGACGCUAAGGAUGGACCAAGAUGUGCAGUUACUGAGAAGCCUGCAGCUUGGCAAAGCAGAAAAGCACCUUGAUGGUGAAGCUGCAAAAGCAGGGGCAUUUGCCUGGAAAGAUAAAAGCGUGUCUGAGUGGAGAUACUCCAGAGAACAACCAUUUACCAUUGCUACUGCUCACUAUGUUACUGAGUCGUCUGCGUCAAAAGUAGUGACUAAACAGUCCACUGGUGAAAAAACCCUGGAUGGCUCAGAUAUCUUCAGUUUAAUAGAGUCCGCCAGAAAGCCAACUGAGUUCAUAGGAGGGGUUACUACUACUUCCCAUAGCUGGGCACAGAGAAUAGACACGACGACAUCUCAGGAGAUAACUUCCAGUGAAUUGAAGCAAGAGGCUCAGCCACACCAGGACGCAGUGACGAAGGUUGUACAGGAGACUGUGGUUAUCGAGGAGAGACGUGGGAUGAAUGUGCAUGCGAGUGGGGAUCCUGCUACAGUGGCUGGACUUGCAGAUGCCCAGGCUCAGGCAGCAUCUGCUAGUGCAAAGGGGAAGGAGGGCUCUGCUGUGACUAAGGGGGCUAAAGAGGAAAAAAAAGAGGCUCACAAAGCUGUAACGAAACAGGAAGGCAUUGCUGCUUCUACUUCUCAUGAGCAAGCGGAGGAGCACAGUACAACAGUCCACCUUUCAGACUCUUUGGAAAGAAAACCUCAUUUUGAGUCACCAGUUGUGAAGACUGAAACAAUCAGUUUCAGUAGUGUUUCUACUGGGGGGGAAAACCUUGAAAUUUCAACAAAGGAAGUGCCAGUAGUCCAUACAGAAACAAAAACCAUUACAUAUGAGUCUUCACAGGUGGAUAGUGGUGCUGACUCAGAGCCUGGUGUGCUGAUGAGUGCACAAACUAUCACAUCUGAAACCACCAGCACUACAACCACUACACACAUCACCAAAACUGUGAAAGGAGGCAUCUCAGAGACAAGAAUCGAAAAACGAAUAGUCAUCACAGGAGAUGCAGAUAUUGAUCAUGAUCAGGCGCUGGCUCAGGCAAUUAAAGAAGCCAAAGAGCAGCACCCUGACAUGUCAGUGACCAAAGUAGUGGUACAUAAAGAGACAGAAAUCACACCAGAAGAUGGGGAGGAUUGACCACAGGAAUAAUCUAGAUUGCAUAUGAAUCCAGACAUGCUCACCCAUAGGAAUACAAGAGCCUCUAUGGAGUCUCAGUUCCAACCUGACUGACUUGUAUCUGUGUAUGGAAAAUUUCAGUACAGAAGAAUUGAUCUUGACCGUUAAUAAAGAAACUGGCAGAAAUCUCUUCCCCUAGAAAGCAAUCUGAAUCAGCAGCAGUUAUAUUGCAUGAAGCAACGAUAAAAUUACAGAAAAGCAGCAUUUUUAAUUUUCUUAAAAUAUCUAAGUUUUCAGCUAUACCUGCACGUUCAUAAACAAUAUAAACAGUGAUCUCAUGUAACACAUAAACAGUUCAUGCCUUUCACAGUUUAUGAAAGUCUAAACAGAUUAAAAUUUGUUAGGUGGCAAGCCUUUUGUUUACGGAUAUUGUAAAUGAAGAUUACCCCCAAAAUGCUAGAAGCUCUAUAGGUACUGUGUAUAAUGUUUUACCACACAUUAGAUGUGCCAAUAACACAGUUUAUUCAGUAAACACCUUGAAUCUUAUAUUUGUUUCAUCUUGUUUUAUUACUGCCCGAUAAACAAUGACAAAUCUUUACUCUUAUCAAAAUAUUUAAAUGCUUACAAAGUGUGCUUUGUAUACCUGACUGAAUACCUUAUGAGGUAGUAAUUAUUUUAGCUUAUUAACUUUAACAAUUUUUGUCAGCGUUGUUCAGAGUCAGCUUCUGGUCACCCUUCACAGAUCCUAACCUUGUAAAUUAUAUGUAGUUAUUUUGGGAAAAAAAAAUCUGUAUUUUACUUAGUUUGCAGCAUUAGAAAGUUAUUAAUCUAAAGUAACCACGACGGUUUUCUAUUGAUUUCCCUUUUUGUUCUCAGAGGAAAAGAAAAAAUCUGUUUGAGAAUCUGGUCAGCAUUUACUAUCUAGUUCAGAGUCAAGCCUUAACCUGUACAGAACGUCCACUGAAAACUUGUUAGUGUUCAGCUAUAAUACCCACUGAAGGGAUAGAGUCCAUUACACUGUCAGCUGCAUCACAACACAUGGUGAAUGUAUGUUUCUGCAUAGUGAAAUAAAAGUGGUAAAUGCA